UGGGGUUGCCAUAACAACUAAGAUAAAAAUUGUUCCUGCUUCCAUAAUUUACCAUUCCUGAAGAAAUUAGACACAAAAUGAGGCAAUUGCAAUACAAUUUGACAAAAUAACUAUUUUGAGAGCGCACUGAAGGGCACCUACUCCAGACCUGAGGGGCUGGGGCACAUUACCGGGAGAAGUGACAUCUGAGAUUGAAGGACGCCCAGAAGAAGUUAGGCAGGUGAAGAGAAUGAUGAGGUGGAGUUUGUCCGAACUGGCUACGGGAAGGAUAUGGUAAAAGUUCUCCGUAUUCAGCGAGAUGGAAAAUUUCACAGCAUUAAAGAGGUGGCAACUUCGGUGCAACUUACUCUGAGCUCCAAAAAAGAUUAUCUACAUGGAGAUAAUUCAGACAUCAUCCCUACAGACACCAUCAAGAACACAGUUCACGUCUUGGCAAAGUUCAAAGGAAUCAAAAGCAUAGAAACGUUUGCUAUGAAUAUCUGUGAACAUUUCCUUUCUUCUUUUAACCAUGUCAUCAGAGCUCAAGUCUACGUGGAAGAAGUCCCUUGGAAGCGUUUUGAAAAGAAUGGAGCUAAGCAUGUCCACGCAUUUAUUCAUACUCCCACUGGAACGCACUUCUGUGAGGUUGAACAGAUGAGGAGUGGACCUCCAGUCAUUCAUUCAGGAAUCAAAGAUCUCAAGGUCUUGAAAACGACCCAGUCUGGAUUUGAAGGAUUUAUCAAGGACCAGUUCACCACCCUCCCUGAGGUGAAGGACCGGUGCUUUGCCACCCAAGUGUACUGCAAGUGGCGCUACCGGGGCAGUGACGUGGACUUUGAGGCUACCUGGGACACCGUUCGGGACAUUGUCCUGGAGAAAUUUGCUGGACCCCAUGACAAAGGCGAGUACUCACCCUCGGUCCAGAAGACCCUCUAUGACAUCCAGGCGCUCUCCCUGAGCCGGGUUCCUGAGAUAGAAGACAUGGAAAUCAGCCUGCCAAACAUCCACUACUUCAACAUAGACAUGUCCAAGAUGGGACUGGUCAACAAGGACGAGGUCUUGCUCCCGUCAGACAAUCCUUAUGGCAGAAUCACUGGUACAGUCAAGAGGAAGCUGGCUUCAAGGCUGUGACAUUGCAGCCACCAUUUGGACUCCACUCCCAGCUGAAGACUUCCUUAGGCCACUCGUGGUGCUAAAAAUCAUAGUAUUUUUAACCUAGUAUGUUGAUUUAUAGUGCGCAUUUUCCUCGUGUAUGAACAAAUUCUUCUACACCUACCUCAGCAAGGUGUUUUAUGAUUAGUAGCUGUAACAUGCUUUGGGGAUACAGUUUAUUUCACAAAUGCUGAGCAGUAUUAGAACAAUCAUAAAUUAAUAUUUCUUUUUAGUUGUCUUGUGUCUUCCUAUCUUAGAGAAACUUGGGAAUCAAUUCACAAAGAAUCAUGAAUUAAUGAAAGUGUCAUAUCAAUGAAUUUGUGCACAAGUUUAAGAAGCAAGCAUUGUUUUCAUUCGACUGAGGCUAAAACUUUGCUUCUGGGUACUGCAGAAAAUGUAAGGACAAAAUCGCAUUUUGAAAUAUAUCACCACUUUGACUUCAAUUAGACUGAAUAUUGAAUUUUUAAGAAUGUUCUAGUUUAUUCCUACUCUAAAAGUACUUUUGUAAUCUUAAUGUACUGGCUUUAUGUAUUUUGCAAGCCUUAGAGAAUAUUGAGUACACACUGGGGCUGUGGAAAAAAAAAGUAUAAAUUGCUUUCUUUGAAUAAUGCA